AAGAAACGUACGAUGGAGUUUGGGGUGCAUGGAAAUGAGCCCGUGAGUCCUACUGGCCAAUGCCUCAACAGCUCUGUGCUAUCCAUGUCAAUUCUUGGUGUUUUGGAAUUUGAGAUUCCAAUCAAUGAAUCAAAGAUCUUGUCAUUCCUUCAGGAUGUCUUCCUCCCUAUCAGCCCUCGAUUCUCCUCCAUCAUGGUUGACAUUAACGGAGAGAAGCAAUGGAAGAGGGUUGAAGUGAAGCUUAGAGAUCACGUCCAAAUGGUGUCUGAGACUUUUGCCUCUGUUUUUGACACUGUGAAAGAUUUCAGCUGGAACUCUUUGCUUCAAGAUGAUCUCACACCAAUAAGAUCUGGGAUUUAUGGAGUUGAGUUUCUGCCAAUGACAAUAUCAAGCAUGACAUUCUCCCUUGAUGAAAUCAAACUUAUCAAGACCAAGCUCAACACGGUAAUAAAUGAUGUGAUAGCUGGAGCACUGUUCUUUGCCACUCGACUGUACAUGCAAGAGAAGAGCCAAAAAUCAAGCACUGCAAGUUGCACAGCCUUGGUUUUGGUCAAUACCAGGAUCACUCAUGGUGAUUACAAGCCGAUCAAAGAGAUGAUCAAACCGGAUUCCGAGAUGCCGUGGGGGAACCAAAUGGCCUUCAUGCCGGUGACCAUGCCCAAGUUAACUCAAUUUUCAAACCCACUGGACUUCGUGUUCAAAGCACAAAAGCUUAUAAAGAGGAGGAGAAGUUCUUUUGCUGUUUACGUCAACAAGAAGAUGUUAGAAAUCGUGAAGAAAAUUAGAGGCUAUGAGGGAGCAUCAAGAUACAUGCACAGCAGAUUGAAGAACUCGAGCCUCAUGAUAUCAAAUAUGAUAGGGCCAGCGGAGCAAAUGGCUUUGGCGGAUCAUCCAGUUAGAGGAGUUUACUUUAUGGUGUUAGGUAUACCGCAGGACCUUAUCGUAACAGUAGUCAGUUAUAUGGGAAAGGUGAGGAUUGCCUUCGGAACUCAAAAGGGCCUUAUUGAUCCUGAGAAAUUCAAGGCUUGCAUGGAAAAUGCCUUUAAGAUGAUACUUGAAGCCACAGACAAUAUUCCUACGCAGACAUAUUAGAAGCGCCUCUCCGCCGUUUGGCUUCGUUUAAUCAUAUCUGAAUUUUUCUCAGUGAAAUAAAAAUCAUAUUAAUUUAUGCUAUUUUAAUAUGUUUGGUGUGGUUAUGUAUAAAAGCGUCAUAUAUAAAAGGCCUCGACUUGGCUUCGUUUACGAUCAUAUCUGAAUUGUGCUCAGUGAAAUAACAAGCAUAUUAAAUCUUUGUUA